AUGAGUACCUCAGGAGAAAAGCUUGAUAAUAAGUCUGCUCAUCUGGCUGGUGCUCAUGGUGGAGUGGGUCAGAACCUGCUGCUGAGUCCUGCCAGUCUUCAGCUGGCUCAGCUUCAGGCCCAGCUCACCCUACACCGCCUCAAACUCGCCCAGACCACCAAUACCGCCGCCGCAGCCACUGUCCUAAAUCAGGUUCUUUCCAAUGUGGCCAUGUCCCAACCUCUCUUCAACCAUCUUCGGGGUUCCAGCAUGGCCCAGCCCCACAGUGGGGCCUUUCCACCUCCACCCAUAGCCUUCCCACCACCAAAUGCUGCACUGGGACAACUGGUUGGUGGUGGCUUUGCCCCAAAUCCCACUGGAAUCAGGCCCACCAACUACAGUGGGGUGUCCAGCCAGAAACCUAGUCAGCACAAUGAUUUUGGCAAAAAGCCUGGAACGUAUUCGACGGACACGGACCGUCGCUUGCAGUUUGGAUAUUUGGGAGGGGCUUCAGUGGUCACUAGUAAAGCAUGUGAUGGAGAACAGUAUGGUGGAGCCUCUACACAAUCCAGAAACAAUGUCCACAGCAAUUUUCAAAGAGACUUCUACUCCCCUGAAACACCAGUACAACAAACUGGUUUCAUGGGAGGAAGCAAUAAUCAGAAUCUGGGAUCAGCCUCUAAGGAUCAAUGGAAAGGUCUGAUCAACUUUGGGAAGAUGGAUAUAGGUACAGGAACAGGUUCUGGGGGUUGGGUACCACCCGGAUUUGUGGGUCAGAGAGCAGAGUUGUACAACCCAGAGGAACCCACAGCAGAUCCUAAGUUCAACUCGACAUGUGGCCCAGGAAUUGGCCCACCCAUUGGACAGCAAGGGGGAAUUCAACACCAGCCACAUGUUUCCCAGGGCGAGGAAGGGGUGACCUUGCAAUUGCAACCCCACCAGUUCAAUGACUAUCAUGGGACAAUACCGUCACACCUACCCCAUCAGUGCACCAUUUGUGAGAAGAAGGUUUACAACCUGAAGGACUGGGACCAGCAUGUGAAGGGCAAGUUACAUCUGCAGAACUGUUCGCUCUACACCGAAAGCCCGACGCUCGGAGCAGUGCACUUUCCAGUGUCGUCUGAAGGAUGUCUCAACAUGGCAUUGAGUAACACUAUGGCAUACACGUCGGCUGCCAGUCAAGAUGCUUCAACUGGAAGUGCUUCAUAUUUGCCUGCCACAUCCAUGAAGUCAUUUCCUCUGGCAGGGGCGGGAUUUACUUCACACCAAGCAGGGGUAAAGUUUGUUCAGCGUAAAGCGUGUCCCGGACACGUCGUGCACAUCUGUAACCUCCCGGAGGGCAGCUGCACGGAGAAUGACGUCAUUAACUUAGGGCUUCCCUUCGGCAAAGUGACCAACUACAUCCUCAUGCGCUCGACGCAUCAGGCUUUUCUGGAAAUGGCAUACGUGGAGGCGGCGCAGGCGAUGGUGCAGUACUACCAGCUGCAGCCGGCUACCAUCAACGGACACAAGCUACUGAUCCGCAAGCUUUUCAAGACAAUAAACCUGCCAAAGAGCACAAUUCUAAGAAUUUUGCCACAUGUGUUUUAAAUGUAAUUUUUUAAAGAUUUUUCCUUUUCUUUAUCGUAUUUGCCGGAGCGUGCCAGAUCACGCAGUCCAGUCAGUCGUUCUCUGAGUCCGCGCUCACACAGUCCGAGCUUCACGUCCUGUAGCUCCGCCCACAGUCCACCGGGGCCGCCCUGUCGGCCUGACUGGAGCAACGGCAUGGGGCCCCGCCGGCCCUCUUGGGACUGGACAUCCCAUUCCCGAGGCGACGAGGACCCCCGCAAGAGAGAUGACUGGAGGAACGAUGAGGAAGAGAGACCCAACGGAUGGCUGUCCGAGCGCAGGAAACCCUACCUUAAAACAGGGGACCGGAUCAGCCCACGUAUGGGGCCCGGGGACGAGCGGGGCAGGGACUGGUACCCCCGCGGAAGCCCCCAGGGUUCGUCCUUCUCCUCUUAUCACUCCAUAGACGACUUUUACAAGAAAGACUCACUGUACAAGACUGAUAAACUGAGCAGGCCACAACAUCAGAGACACGAGGGGAAAACAAAGAGAAGGGAAGGCGGCGACUACCACAGACCCCGACACUCAGAGUCAGACGUGACGGACGACACAAACUCCAACCGGACAGCUGAAGACAGAGGACGCAGCAAGAGGCCGAGCCGGAGACAAGACAGGGAGGAGAAGGAGCCCGAAAAUCAGAAGGAAGAAUAUAGAGCCAAAGACAGAUCAACGUCUCCUCAUAACAGCAAACCUGUAGAGUCUCCAAAGUGUGACAGAGAUGGUGACAGUGAGGGACUGGAAAGUGUAGAUGAUGGAGAGGAGGAGAGCUGGUAUCCUAAAAGCAUGGAGGAACUGGUGACCGUAGAUGAAGUUGGAGGAGAGGACGACUCUAUAGUUGAACCUGAUCUACCUGAUCUUCACGAGGAGGACCAGAGAGUCGAGCCCAGCCAGUCGACAGCAGAGAGCCCUAAACCAAACGCAAAGACCCCAACUGAAGGCGAAGAGACCACGUUGGACCCUCCUACCCUUCCACUGCUGGUUCUGGUCCCAGAAGAAAGCUCUGGAGGUGCUCAGUCCAGCCCUGGAGAGAGACCAUCUGCCCCAGAGCAACCGGUCUGUCAACUCAACCGCUUCCCGUCCCAGGAGUUCAAGAGCGCUUUGGAGGAGACCUGCUCCGCCACUCAUCUAGACACACACAUCGACACAACCACACCAGCUGGCCCUCUAAACAACAGCAGCACAUGUGAAAGUGGGAAAGUGAAGGACUUGAGUAAUGAUGAGAGAAAGACAGCAGAGAUGGACAACAAGGAACCAUGUCUCAAACAGGACAGUCAGAAGAAAGAUAUUCCUGACUCAUUACCGGCCCCUUCACCUCAGGCAACAGACAUCUUUGUUGCGUCACCCUCGCAGGAGCAGGAGAAAGCCAUCAGUGAACACAGCAUACCGUUAGGUGUGGAGUUCAUCGUGCCAAGGACGGGGUUUUAUUGCAACCUGUGUAGUUUGUUUUACACCAGCGAACAAACAGCCAAGACGUCACACUGUCGGAGUACAAUUCACUACAGGAACCUACAGAAGUAUCUGUCGCAGCUGGCGGAGGAAAGUCUCUUGAACUUCCACACGGAGUCGCCAAACACUGAAUGAAGCUCACGUGAGACUAUCAGGACUGCACCACUGCUGGGACAUGCUGAGAGACACAAAACAAGGACAAAGAGGA